AUGUUAUUGGUACAUCAUCUUGGUGGUACACCAUCCUGUAGGUACACCAUGUUAUUGGUAAAUCAUCUUAGUGGUACACCAUCCUGUAGGUACACCAUGUUAUUGGUACAUCAUCUUGGUGGUACACCAUCCUGUAGGUACACCAUGUUAUUGGUACAUCAUCUUAGUGGUACACCAUCCUGUAGGUACACCAUGUUAUUGGUACAUUGUUUAAUGGUACAUCAUAUUGUAUGA